AAAGGACUAUGAACAUCCCUAUGUUGAAUUUGUAAAAUAUGGGUAUGGUAACUCUUUUGAUUUGCUUGCGUGAGUUAUUGUGUAACUAAGUAAUAUUAAAAAAAAUUUAAUUAUAAUUUAAAAUUAUUUGUGCACUAUUUAUGAUUAAAUAAAUGUGUAAAAACUGUUUAAUGAUGUGUAAUGUGUAAUGAUAUAAUAUUGUACAAUAUAUUGUAAAAUUUAUAAAACAUAGAAAACUUACAUACUUUAAUUUGUGAAUUUUCGGACUUUAAGUGCGAAUAUCUCGAAAUCGCAAAAUAUCCAACUGGAAUAAAAAAUGUUAGACGUAGAAUCCAUGUAAAGCGAAUAAUCGUUACACUCGAUAUAUCGAUAAGAAAAUAAUAUCUCUUUCCUUACAUUCAAUCAUUGAAUUUCAAUGAGCGUUGUUUUCAUUUGGUUCAGGAAUUUUAUCCAUGCAGUAAUUCUUAAUAUAAAACAAGUUUGCGAUUUAAGAUUAAAUAAUGAGUCUAGAGUUGAAAGCACUUAAUAAAUGGGGCUUAACAAAAUGUGGCGAAAUAACAACUCUAUUGGCGGUGGGAAGAGAGGAGUUCUUUCUAAUGUGUGAUUUUUGUGACUUUACAUUUCUACAAUUGGAUAAAUUUGUACGACAUAUGUGUGAAAAUCAUAAGCUGAAUUUUAAUGCUUUGGAAUCAGAAUCGGAGAGAAGUCCUACCAUAGAAGAUGUAGAAUUCGAGGAACCAUGGGAAAAUCCUAUUCGGGUAAAUGAUGAUAAAAGCUGUGUAUUAAAUGGAUUUGAGAGGGUUGAAAUAGAACUAGAUUCAGGUGGAAUGGAUACUACGUUACAUAUGAAGGAAGAAGAUAUUUCUAGCGAAUUUAUAAGUGAAAACACCGAAGCUAACAAAAACAAUAGCGCCGAUAAGACAAUUGAUUAUAAUUCUAGAGUAGUAACUGUGUCGGAAAUAGUAAGAGACGAUAAAGCUAAGGAUGAAAAAGAAUUCACUCUUGAGCUAAUUGAUUUGUACCGAAAUUUACCAACACUAUGGAACAAUAAGCAUAAACAUUAUAUGAACAAAAACAAAAGACGAGAAGAAUUUGAUAUUUUGUUGGAUAAGUAUAGAGAAAAAUAUCCCGAUGCCGAUAGAACAGUUGUUAUAAAAAAAAUUAAAAAUCUCCGAUCAGCAUAUCGUCGCGAAUUAAAAAGAUGUCCUCCAAAUGUAAUAUCCCGUUUGUAUUAUUUUGAAGCCAUGGAUUUCUUAAAGAGCAACUAUUUAGGUGAAACAAAGAAAUCGUUUCAAGUCCACCAUAAUUUGAAAACUGAAAUAGAUGCUGAUUUCGCCAAUAGCUCUGAUAUUUCUACCUCAGAUCCUAAUCAAAGCCAGUGUGAAAAUACUGUUAAGGAAGAACACGACGAACUUACUUCUGAGCAAAAAUUUAUUAUUGAGCUUAUUGAAUUGUACCGCACUUUACCAGCAUUGUGGGAUAGGAAAUGUAGUCAAUACAACGAUCGUGAAUCAAAAGCGAUACAAUACAAUAUUUUGCUGGAAAAAUAUAGGGAGAGAUAUCCAGAUGCUGAUAAAAAUGACAUUAAAAGAAAAAUGAGUAGUCUACGAACAAAUAUUCGUCGAGAGUUAAAACGACCUUUUAAAACAAAUCUAUACUAUUUUGAUGCAUUGCGAUUCAUUUGCAACAUUGAAUCCAAAAGUGAAAAUGAGACCUUAUUGUAUGAUCUUGACGAUACACAAGAUACUUCCAUGGAUGGAGACAACGAAGAACGUACAGAUGAAAUCAGCGAAAUUGACAGUGAUACUGAGUACACCGAAACUUCAAAACAAGAACAAAGUGAAACUCAAAAUGAUAUGGAUAGCGAACAGAAUGAAAAGCUUACAGAUGAAAGAAAAUUUAUUAUAGAAUUUUUAAAUUUGUAUCGUACUUUACCGGCCCUAUGGGAUUUUAAAAAUGCCUAUUAUCAUAAUCGAGCAAUUAAAAUUAAGCAAUAUGGAAUUAUGGUUACAAAAUACAGGGAAAUAAUGCCUAAUGCCAAUAUAUUGGCCGUUAAGAAAAAGAUUGCUACUCUGCGAUUGGAUUUCGAGCAAGAAGUAAAACGAUUGAGCACAUCCAAACUGAAAGAGCCUGCUCUAUAUUACUAUGAUGCCAUGCGCUUUAUACUUAAAAAUUACUCGGAGUGUGAUGUAAAAUAUAGAAUGGAUGAUUUGAAUGAAGAUGAGGAUAUCUCUAUGGAAGGCGAUAACAUAGAAUCCACGGGAGAAAUGAAUGAGCACGAAAGUCUAUCUGAAUGCACUGCACUUACGGAUGAACAACAAUUUGUUAUUGAGUUCAUUAAUUUGUACCGCUCUUUACCGGCUCUAUGGGAUAUGAACAUUAAAUCUUAUUAUGACCGAAAUAUAAGAAACAAAUAUUAUGAAGUAAUGCUUACAAAAUACAGAGAAAUAAUGCCUAAUGCCAAGAUAAUGGAUGCUAAGAAAAAAAUUGCUACUCUACGAUCGAAUUAUCAACGGGAAGUAAAACGAUUGCGCGAGUCCAGUAUAGGAGAACCCUCUUUAUAUUACUAUGAUGCAAUGAGUUUUCUACGUAACAAUAUCUCCGAGUGUGAUAAGGAAGUGAAGCAAACCCUGGAAGAAAACGUAGAUGAUGAUUCUUUGGAUGAAGUUGACGACUCCGAUGAUGAUUUAUUUGUAGAACAGACAGACUUCUUGUUAUAUACCGAUGAAGAUACACAAGAUCCAAUUGAAAAGAAAUUCACUUUGGAAUUAAUCGAAUUAUAUCGCUCUCUCCCCGCAUUGUGGAAAAGGAAGGAUAAACAUUUUUUUAAUCGGGAAUAUAAAAGAAAACAAUAUGAAAUUUUGCUAAGAAAGUACAGAGAAAUGUAUCCAAAUGCUGAACAAAAGGACGUCAGGAGUAAAAUAUAUAGCCUCCGAACAAAUUUCUACACGGAAUUAAAACGUGUUGGCGCAAAAGGAUCAUCUAACCGAUACUAUUUUGACGCAUUGAGCUUUUUACGCACAAACAAUAAACCAGAUAAUUUACUACUAACAAAAGUUAAGGUGCAACGCACACGGAGUACAAUUAAUGUCACCCCACCAAAAAACAUUUUAACUGUUGCACAAAACGUGAUGCUAGCAGAAAUGUAUAAAGGAUUUCCAAGUCUUUGGGAUGAAACAAAUAUAUCAUUUAGGUUCAAUAAUAGGCGCCAAGAAGCAUUAGCUGCUCUUCAUGAAAAAUUUAAUAAUCAAUCUGGAAAAAAUUUAACACCACAUGAAUUGAGAAAAGAAAUCGCGCGACUCCGUAAAAUAUGUACUAAUGAAAAGAAGCAGAAAUUAUUAUGUCAACGAGAAAGUUUGAUUUAUAAACCAACAUGUGCAUAUUAUGCCAACAUUGCAUUUCUCGAGGUCAACGUACAGCCUUUUAUAUGUACGAUAUGCCAAAAAUUAGAUUCAAGUUUAGAUCAACAUAAAAUACAUUUGGCAUCACAUGAUGGUUCUUCACCAUUCAAAUGUCCUCUAUGCGAACGUGGGUUUCAGGCGUCAACUAAUUUUACUGUUCAUUUACGGAGACAUGUACAAGAUUACAUUUAUAAUUGUGAGAUUUGCAACAAGGCACUCCCAACAACAACAGAUUUGAAAGCACAUAUGCGUGGUCAUACCGGCGAAAAACCGUUUGUUUGCGAGAUUUGUGGCAAAAGUUAUCGAUCCUUAUCUCAGUUUAAUUCACAUAUGCAUUGCCACGACAAACAUCGUCAAUAUAAGUGUGAUAUUUGCGAUAAGGCAUUCUAUAAAAAAAUUACACGAGAUGAACAUAUAAAAUGUGUUCAUCAGAUAGUGCGUGACAAAAUCUGUCCAGUUUGCAAUAAAGCAUUCAAAAGCACAAAACACCUACGGCAACACAAAGAAAUCCAUGCCGUCGAAAAGAAAUAUGUGUGUAGGAUUUGUGGCAAACGCUUUGCACAAUAUGCUGGACUUAGUGGACAUGUAAAGACACAUGGCACAACACUUACUGAAUUCACCUCUAAAAGCACUGACAUGUCAUAAAAAUAUUGAUUUCUAAUUUAAAAUAUUCCGUUAAUAAAUAGUAAUAGUUUGAAAACGGUUUGCAUUCAAUUACAGAAUUCGUUGUAAAUAUUUGCUUAAAAAAGUUAGUUACAACAUACUAUAUAUUCAAUGUAAUUAAAUAAAAAUGUAAAAUAUUCUAAUACUAAGAAAAUAAAUAUGCAGCGUUUUUAAAGAAUUUACGAAUUAAAGACACAACAUUACACCUUACAACGUCAUAAACGAAAUGAACUCUCAAAGUUUCGUAAUGAUUGUAAACAAAGCCUUCCCUAAAUUCUUCCAUGAAAAUUAAUUGAAAAAUUUAACUUACAUGUUUUAAUCCCAUGUUGGCAUAAAAUAGCACCUAGAUGAUUUAGUGUGUUGAUAUUUAACUAUGGAAUGUAAUAAAACGAAUUUAAAUGGAUUUAAUCAGUA